AUGUAUGCAGACGACAUGCAGUUGUACCACUCCUUUAAAAGUGAACAUUUACACGAAGCGCUAAAUCUGAUUCAAAGUGACCUUAAGGCUAUUGAAAGGGCUUCAUUGGAGCACUCGCUGGUUCUCAAUCCUCUAAAAUCGGCAGUCAUGUUGUUUGGUAACAAGCAGAAAGUCACCGACUUGAAACAUUUGGUAAAAUUCAGAAUUGGCGACAAAGCUGUUGCACUAAAGGAGGAAGCAAAAAAUUUAGGAAUAAUGAUAGACAAUUCGUUUAGAUACAACAAAUUACUCACACCCGCACCUGUCUAUGGAGUACCACGAGUGGAAGUCCCCGUCAUUCCACGAAUUGAACUGCCUGCACCCAAACCAAUUGCAACUGCGUACGAAUACCGGGUGGAGACUCCUGUGGUGAAAUCUGCACCCUACCCAGCACCCGCACCUGUCUAUGGAGUACCACGAGUGGAAGUCCCCGUCAUUCCACGAAUUGAACUUCCUGCACCUAAACCAAUUGCAACUGCGUACGAAUACCGGGUGGAGACUCCGGUGGUGAAAUCUGCACCCUACCCAGCACCCGCACCUGUCUAUGGAGUACCACGAGUGGAAGUCCCCGUCAUUCCACGAAUUGAACUGCCUGCACCCAAACCAAUUGCAACUGCGUACGAAUACCGGGUGGAGACUCCUGUGGUGAAAUCUGCACCCUACCCAGCACCCGCACCUGUCUAUGGAGUACCACGAGUGGAAGUCCCCGUCAUUCCACGAAUUGAACUUCCUGCACCUAAACCAAUUGCAACUGCGUACGAAUACCGGGUGGAGACUCCGGUGGUGAAAUCUGCACCCUACCCAGCACCCGCACCUGUCUAUGGAGUACCACGAGUGGAAGUCCCCGUCAUUCCACGAAUUGAACUUCCUGCACCCAAACCAAUUGCAACUGCGUACGAAUACAGAGUGGAAACUCCGGUGGUGAAAUCAGCACCAUACCCAGCACCUGCACCUGUGUAUGGAGUACCACGAGUUGAACUUCCUGCUCCAAAACCAAUUGCAACUGUGUACGAGUACCGCGUCGAGACUCCAGUAGUGAAAACAGCACCGUACCCAGCACCUGCACCGGUAUACGGUGUACCCCGCAUUGAGCUACCAGCACCCAUCGCCAAGAUAGAAACACCAAUAGUGAAAUCCGCACCAUACCCCGCUCCAGCGCCCGUAUACGGCGCUCCAGUGAUACCCAGAAUUGAAUUGCCUGCACCAAAACCAAUUGCAACUGCGUACGAAUACAGGGUGGAAACUCCAACGGUGAAAUCUGCACCAUAUCCGGCACCUGCACCUGUCUAUGGAGCGCCCGUCAUUCCACGAAUUGAACUUCCUGCACCUAAACCAAUUGCAACUGCGUACGAAUACCGGGUGGAGACUCCAGUAGUGAAAUCCGCACCUUACCCAGCACCUGCACCCGUGUAUGGAGCACCACGCGUUGAAAUACCCGCGAUUCCGCGAAUUGAACUUCCAGCUCCAAAACCAAUCGCCACAGCCUAUGAAUACAAAGUCGAAACGCCCCUUCUCAAAUCUCUCCCUCUUCCAGCACCCGUAUAUGGCGUACCGAGGAUAGAACAACCGGCUCCGGUUUACGGUAUACCAAGAAUCGAGUUACCUGCCCCAAAACCCAUCGCCACAACAUACGAGUUCAAAGUUGAGACGCCUUUACCAAAAGUCGAAGUGGUCAGAUCCGGACCGUAUCCGGCGCCGGCCGCUGUCUACGGACCACCAGCUGCCAGAGUCGAUAUACCAAUAGAAAAAACAGUAUUGCCAACGUUACCAUCCGCGUCACUACUUUUAGCUAAAUUAGACUUGCCCGCUCCCUUGCCUUUACAUUAAAUGCGAAAAUAAGGCUACGUUGUAUCCAUUUGGGUAUAGUAGAUACAUUAUAUUGUGCAUAUGACCGUUAUAUAUUAUUUAUA